GAGACGAUCCCGGAAGUGCGGGGCUGCGGCGGCCCGGGCAGGCGAAAGGCAGCGCGGAGCGGCCGGGCCGGGGCAGCUGGACCCAAACAGCAACAGCAGCAAGGCAGCGCGUGACCGGGAGUAACGGCGGCCGCCGCCCGCCCGCCAUGACGAACUUUAUCUCGGUGCAGCUGAAGAAGGCCUCGGAGGUGGACUUGAGCAAGCCGCUGAGCAAGUUCAUUCAGCAGAGCUACCCCAGCGGGGACGCGCAGGCCGAGCACUGCCGGGCGGCCGAGGAGCUCAGCAAGCUGCGCAAGAGCGCGCUGGGCCGCCCGCUCGACAAGCACGAGAGCUCGCUGGAGACGCUCCUGAGAUACUAUGAUCAGCUGUGUUCUAUUGAACCAAAGUUUCCAUUCUCUGAAAAUCAGAUCUGUGUAACAUUUACAUGGAAAGAUGCCUUUGAUAAAGGAUCACUUUUUGGAGGAUCUGUCAAACUGGCUCUGGCAAGUUUGGGGUAUGAGAAGACCUGUGUUUUGUUCAACUGUGGAGCAUUAGCAAGCCAAAUUGCAGCAGAACAGAAUCUAGAUAAUGACGAAGGACUGAAAGCUGCAGCUAAACACUAUCAGUUUGCAAGUGGUGCUUUCCAACACAUUAAAGACACUGUCUUAUCAGCGUUGAAUCGAGAACCUACAGUGGACAUCUCUCCAGACACAGUUGGAACUCUCAGCCUUAUUAUGUUGGCUCAAGCCCAAGAAGUGUUUUUCUUGAAAGCUACAAGAGAUAAAAUGAAAGAUGGUAUCAUAGCUAAACUAGCUAAUCAAGCUGCAGAUUAUUAUGGUGACGCUUACAAACAAUGUCAAUAUAAAGAUACUUUGCCUAAGUAUUUUUAUUUCCAGGAGGUGUUUCCUGUUCUGGCUGCAAAGCACUGCAUUAUGCAGGCCAAUGCAGAAUACCAUCAAUCUAUCCUGGCAAAACAGCAGAAGAAAUUUGGUGAAGAAAUUGGGAGGUUACAGCAUGCAGCAGAUUUAGUAAAAACAGUGGCAUCUCGUUAUGAUGAAUAUAUAAAUGUUAAAGAUCUGGUUGACAAAAUCAAUCGGGCACUUACAGCUGCAAAAAAAGAUAAUGACUUCAUUUACCAUGAUCGUGUUCCUGACCUGAAAGAUUUAGAGCCCAUUGGAAAAGCCAGCCUUGUGAAAUCUACUCCAGUUGUUGUUCCCCUCAGUCAGAAAUUCACUGACCUGUUUGAGAAGAUGGUUCCACUGGAAGUUCAGCAGUCUGUAAGUGUUUAUAACCAAAGAAGGGCAGAUCUAGUAAAUAGGUUAAUAGCUCAAAUGAGAGAAGCCACAAAUCUGGCAAAUGGAGUGCUGGCUUCCCUCAAUCUUCCUGCUGCUAUUGAAGAUGUGUCUGGUGAUAGUGUUCCUCAGUCUAUUUUAAACAAGUCGAAGUCCGUGAUUGAACAGGGAGGAAUUCAAACUGUUGAUCAGCUGAUCAAAGAUCUGCCUGAACUGCUACAGAGGAACAGAGAAAUCUUAGAUGAAUCACUAAGAUUAUUAGAUGAAGAAGAAACUACAGACAAUGAGCUGAAAACAAAAUUCAAAGAACGUUGGCAGAGAACACCAUCCAAUGAACUCUAUAAGCCUUUAAGGGCAGAGGGAGCCAAUUUCCAUAAUAUUUUGAAUAAAGCUGUGCAAGCAGAUGGACAGGUUAAAGAACGCUAUCAGUCUCAUCGGGAUACGAUUGCACUUUUGUGUAAACCAGAGUCAGAACUCAAUGCAGCCAUUCCUUCUGCUAACCCAGCAAAAACAUUGCAAGGAAGUGAGGUUGUUAAUGUCCUAAGGACUUUGUUAGCCAAUCUCGAUGAAGUUAAGAAGGAGAGAGAACAACUUGAAAAUGACCUGAAGUCAGUAAAUUUUGACAUGACAAGCAAAUUCUUGACUGCACUGGCACAAGAUGGUGCUAUAAAUGAGGAGGCUAUUUCUGUGACUGAGUUGCACAGAAUUUAUGGGAGCUACACACAGAAAGUGCAAGAGUCCCUGAAGAAGCAGGAAGAACUUCUGAAAGACAUUCAGAAUGCACAUCAGGAAUUCUCAAAGAUGAAGCAGUCUAACAAUGAAUCUAAUUUAAGAGAAGAAGUUUUGAAGAACUUAGCUGUAGCAAAUGACAACUUUGUGGAACUUGUUGCCAAUUUAAAAGAAGGCACAAAGUUCUACAAUGAGCUGACAGAAAUUCUUCUGAAAUUCCAAAACAAAUGCAGUGACAUUGUGUUUGCUCGCAAGACUGAGAGAGAUGAACUGCUUAAAGAUUUGCAACAAAGCAUUGCUAGGGAGCCCAGUGCUCCCUCUAUUCCUCUGCCUACCUAUCAGGCUACACCAGCUGCAGGAAGCAAGCCUGCUGCAUCAUUGACUCCCACUCCAGCACCCAGAACCAUGGUGGGGACUAAACCACAGCCGCCAGCACGGCCACCACCACCUGUAAUUUCUGCAGCAAGCAGUCCCUCUUCUACAUCAGCAGCCCCUGCCACUGCUGCAACUCCUCCUGCUGCUCCUGCUGCUAGUCCAGCAGCCAGUGCACCCACAGCAAGCACUGCACCCUCACAGCCACAAGGACCUCCUUACCCAACUUAUCCAGGUUACCCAGGGUACUGCCAGAUGCCAAUGCCAAUGGGCUAUAAUCCAUACAUGUAUGGCCAGUAUAAUCUACCGUAUGCACCUUCACCUGUCUAUCAAAACCCUGGACAAGCACCAUAUCCGGGACCUCAACAACCUGGAUACCCUUUUCCUCAACAGCCUUAUUAUCCACAGCAAUAAUGUGUUUGCAAAGAAACUUUGCUUGUUAAAAUUUGGGAGAAAUUUGCAAUAAGCAUACUAGAACUUUAGCUCCAGUUAAUGUAUCAUACUGAACUGUUUGCAGUCUAUAACUCUUCUUUAUUGUUAACUGCUCAAAAAUGUCUAGAUCAGUUUUUGAUUACACUAAAAACUUUGGAAGCUCUGCUGCAGCAGUACAGACUGUAGGAUCAUGUCAAAAUUAGAGCCUAAUUCAGUGGUCUGAAACUCUACACUACACUUUGACUAGACCAAAAUAUUUCUUUGCAAAAAUCCUAAAAAUAACGAUUGGGAUCUGAUGAGCAAAACUGAAGCGGUGCGUGCACUGGGUGUGAUAUAUUCUAUGGAACUAUAUAUCAUUUCCUUCUAUAUUUUAUCUUGUUUUUCCCCCUGAGGUUAGUUAAGAUAUGCUAUUUUGUCUAAUAAUCAAGGCCUUGUAAAUCUUCAGUAAAGAAAUAAAUUACAUAAAAACAGUUUAAA